UAGCCUCACUCCCGAACCCAAACCCCUGUGAUUUUGCCUCCUCGGGUCUCGCCGUCGGCGUAGCCACCGCCACCGCCACCGCCACCGCCGUGCAAGUCCGACCCCCCCCCCCCCUCUUCCUCGCCAGGCCGGUGCCGCCCCUUCCUAACCGCCUCGUUCCUCGCCGCGCCGGCGCUCGCUUCGCCAGUUAGCGACAGAGGAACUCAGUGGCGACGAUGUCUUCGUGGGAGGACGAGGACUCUGCCGCCGCGUCGGCCGCGGCGACCACGGACGUGGAGCUCCUGAAGCGGGCUUGGCGCAACGAGAAGGCCGCGCCGGAAAUCCUCCACUUCGACUCCGCCCUCGUCUCCCGCGCCCGCGAGCAGAUCCAGCUCCUCGAGGAGACGCUCGAUGACUUCACGGAUAACGGCGUCGACGACCUGGUGGUCUCGCUCUACCAGAUGGACCUCGACCGCACGCUCUUCCUGCUCCGCUCCUACCUACGCCUCCGCCUGCAGAAGAUUGAGAAGUACAUGGCCCACAUCGCCAAUUCUGACGACCUCUUGAGCCGGCUGUCGCAGCAGGAGCAACGAUUCGCCAAGAGCUGCAAGGAGAUCAUGGAGAAGCAUCUCGAGCAGUCGGUGCUGUCGAAGCUUCCAUAUGGUUAUGACUCGGUAACGAGGCAAUCCUUAUCGAGCACGGAGGAUGACAUGGUUCCAGAGCCUCAGCUUGACACAUUUGUCUUCUGCAAGACCAAGAGUGACGUAGGAGCAUUCCAGCUCGAUGACAUAGGGGAAGAAGUUGUGGAUUUGGUUGCUGACGACCUGUAUGUCCUUCGGUACAAGUCCAUCAAGGGCCUUGUGGAGGCCGGACGAAUUGACCUUAUUUGAUAUAAGCCACAAAGCAGCAUUAAGCAGAUCAUAAAUCCUUAGCGCCAGAAUCUUUUGAAUUCCUGGCAAGGUAGAAAUGAAGUGGUUCAAAUGUGUGUACUCCACAACGAAUCGGUUAGGAGAAUGGACUGUCUUUGUAUGUAUCAGUAUCUAUUGUUUUGUCUGAAUUGUCUCCAACUCAUGUCCUUCAAGAAUCAAAAUUGUUAUGUUGUUGGUAAGAA